AUGGAGCGCUACAGCGACAUCGUCCCCGGUGUGAACGACUCCGCCGACGCGCUCCUCGUGGCCCUCAAUGCGUUGAACUCUGAGGUCUCGCCCUCGACGCUGUUUGCCGUCGCGUUCAUAAUCACGGGCGAGCCCUUUGCGAACGGCGCGCCCCAGAACACGUUCGUCCCGGGCGUCAUCGAACUCGCAGAGCGCCGCAAAGCAUUCAUCGGCGGCGGCGACCUCCAGCCACUCCCCAUUGCAUCCUACAACCACCUCGGCAACAGUUACGUGCACAAGCGCAGCGUCAUCAUGGUCGACGCAAACCACCUCUUCAAGCACCCCAAGCCGGGCGCGGUCUCGGGCACGAAGGCCGCAUAG